GUUUGGAACUGGGUGGAAAUCCUGGAGAUGGAUCUCUUAGGAGACUGUCUUCCAAUUGGGUUAGAUGCACAGGAACAAUGGAUCGCCCCAGAUACCUGGAAGAGGACUAUUCUAGCCUGGAUGGGCUGGACGAUGACGUGUUUCACUCUGAUGACUUUGGACUUGCAGGUCAGCCUGGUGAGAUGACUGCAACAGGCAUUUUCACACAGAACCAGUCCUACAGCUGCCUUCUGGGGAGGUUUCAACUAUUCCCCCUCACACACUGCUGUGGUCCGGGUAUCAGACAUCCUGAGCAGCAGGACAAGGCAACUCAAACACUCAGCCCGUCCUCUUCCAGUCAGGAUGUUAUGUUGCCUUGUGGAGUCACUGAAGAGCCCCGGAGACUCUUCUAUGGGAAUGCUGGUUACCGUUUACACAUUCCUCCAGAUGGCUUUGCGUUGGAUCCGCACCUCCAAGAGGAGCCUCAGGAAGGUCAGCGGGAAGCACGUGCCGAGGUGCAGAUUGCACGGAAGUUGCAGUGCAUUGCCGACCAGUUCCACCGGCUCCACAUACAGAGGCUUUUACUCUUCUCCACUCUCCUCACCACCAGUGUCUUCUCUUCUGUGGCACGAGUGGCCAUCUGUGGCUUUUAUCAGCUCCUCAUCUUGGAGAUGACAAGAAGCCUGGAGUCUGUUCUGGCACUCCUUGUUGUCUAG